AUGCUCUCGAAAAAUCUGACUCGUUUCUUGGCGUCAGGCAACCAUAAGAAGGCAACUUCUCUUACUGUUGCUGCUACUGCUUCAAGAGGACUCCGUGGUAGUGCAUCAUCAUCAUCAUCAUCGGGUGUAUCUUCUUUUGCUGUGCAACAUCCACAACACUCCUCAAGCAAGAGAGGAUUUCAUCAACAAUUGAAGAAGAACAAUUUUGUUGGAACAUCAAUUUUCAAUCAUCAAAUGGUGAGAGAGUUCCACACUUCAAGUGUUUCGCAAAAGAAAAUUAUUCCGUUUAUUUUGGCAGAUAUUGGAGAAGGUAUUACAAAAGUUGAAAUUGUGAAAUGGUUUGUUAAAGAGGGAGAUCAUAUUGAACAAUUUCAAAAUGUUGCCGAAGUGAUGAGCGACAAGGCCAAUGUCGAAAUUAGCAGUCGUUACGAUGGAAUUGUUAAGAAAUUAUGUUAUAAUGUUGGUGACAUUGCCAAGGUUGGUGCUCCUUUGAUUGAAAUUGAAGUGGCCGAUUCUUCAUCAUCAUCAGCAACACCAACACAACCAUCAGCUGCCUCCUCUGCUCCAUCUACAUCCUCGACUGCAACCACCACUUCAGCUCCAUCCACCAACGAAGCUCUUGUUGAAGGUUCAAUUGAGAAAGUUUUAACAACUCCUGCUGUCCGAAGACUUGCCCGUGAGAAUAACAUUGAUUUGACAAAGGUACGUCCAACAGGAAGAAAUGGAAGAGUGUUAAAGGAAGACGUACUAAGCUACUUGCAAGAUCCAUCUGCACAGUCAAAGGUGAUCGAAAAACAACCAACAACACCUGCUGUCAGUGCCACUCCAUCUGUCACCGCCACUGCAACUACUGUGGCACAAGAGCGUCGUGAACCAGUCAGAGGUCUCAUGCGUACAAUGAUCAAGACAAUGAACGCAGCCACCAAAGUUCCACACUUUGGAUACAAGGAUGAAGUUUGUGUGGAUAAUUUGAUUGUCCUGAGACAACAUUUGAAAAAGAUGGCAGAAAAACAAGGCGUGAAAUUGAGUUACAUGCCAUUCAUCAUUAAGGCUGUUUCAUUAGCUCUUAAUGAAUAUCCAAUUUUGAACUCAUCUUUGAGCGAAGACGAGUCAGAAAUAAUUUAUAAGGCAGAUCACAACAUUGGUGUUGCCAUGGAUACACCUAAUGGAUUAUUGGUUCCAAAUAUCAAACGUGUGCAAACCAAGUCCAUCAUGGAAAUUGCUGCCGAGUUGAAUCGCCUCCAAGAGUUGGGUAAACAAGGAAAGCUUGGAAUGGAUGACUUGAAGGGGGGUACUUUCACAUUAUCGAACAUUGGAACGAUUGGUGGUACCUAUGCAGAUCCAGUGUUGAGCAUUCCUGAGGUUUGUAUUGGAGCUAUUGGUAUGAUUAAGAAAGUGGCCUCCUUCGAUGAGCAUAAUCAUGUGAUUCCAAAGAAUAUCAUGUUCAUCAGUUGGGCUGCUGACCACCGUGUCAUUGAUGGAGCUACCAUGGCUAGAUUCUCCAACAGAUGGAAAGAAUUUUUGGAAGAACCAGACAAUUUUAUUGUCACUCUCAAGUAA